AUUACCGUGAUUCGAGUAUGCCCGACUCUCCCGACACUAAGAACGCAAGUACGACUGCGGCAUCCCCAGCCACCUCUCUUGCGCCAUCUAUGGGCCAAAUGACACGAUCUCUAUCCACAGGCAGUAGCAAUUCAGGAAUGAAUGGGUCUCAUUCCCCUCAUAGUAGCGUGAAUGGUCGCACCCCAUCCCCGCCUGCGGUGGGUAACUCCGCCUCAAUGCAGCAGCUCCCCCCUGCCUGUGGGGCAAGGCAACUCAGCAAACUAAAACGCUUCCUAACGACUCUACAGCAAUUUGGAUCAGAUAUUUCUCCAGAGAUUGGGGAACGUGUCCGCAGCCUCGUUUUAGGACUAGUGAAUUCUCACCUCUCCAUUGAAGAGUUCCACUCCAAAUUACAAGAGGCGACCAACUUCCCUCUGAGGCCAUUUGUCAUCCCCUUUUUAAAGGCAAAUUUACCUCUGCUUCAGAGAGAGUUAUUGCAUUGUGCAAGAGUUGCCAAACAGACCCCUCAACAAUAUCUUGCCCAUAAUGAACACAUACUUCUGGACACCUCACACUCUCCAACUGAAUCUCAGGACAUUAUAACAGAUAUUAAUGAGAAUGGGAAACGAAGAGCAUCCCCCGAUCGGCCAAAAGAAAAUGGCACGGAUACUGCUAGUAUGGAGCCCAUGAACCCUGCCAAACGACCACACACUAUAAGUCCCGCAAACUCCACACAUAUUAGUCCUAAUACUAACUUCCUGAAUAGCGGACCAAUCAGAUUGGAGGAUAUAAGUCUCUCCAGAGAGCUGCGAGAACGUGAGAGAUUAGAACGGGAAAGAUUUGAACGUGAUCGUCUUGAUCGUGACAGAGAUCGUCAUUUUGGUGGAACUUAUGGCGACUUCAGACAAACCUUCCAGAGGCCUGAUGGACUAGAAUGUAGACUUGACCGUAUAGAUGAUGACUGGAAACACGUUGACACAAUGCUGCAUUGUAUAAUUGAUAUGGUGGGCAAAACAAAGAGGGCGCUGAGUGUGCUACAAGAGCGCAGUAUGAAAGAUCGUGAUGAGCUCUCUCUAUGGAUGCGACGCCAUGCGGAAGGUCUAGACCAAGACAUGAAGAAACGGACCAAUGAAAUGAUGGCACAUACAAUGAGGACAACAGAAGAUCGUGUCUGUGAAGUGAAGCGUCGAGCAGAGGAAGCAGUAAAUGAAGUGAAAAGGCAAGCAGUUUCAGAAUUACAAAAAGCUGUUGCAGCCGCUGAGCAGAAAGCGUCAGAACUUGUUUCUGCGGAGAAAAAGAAAAUGGAAGCACAAGUCCAGGAAGCCCGGAAACUGGCACAGGAGGAUAUUCGUUCCAUAAACCAACAGGAAGAGUCGAAUGAGAGUUGCUGGAAUUGUGGGAGGAAAGCAAGUGAGACAUGCAGUGGAUGUAAUAUAGCACGCUACUGCGGGGCAUUCUGCCAACACAGAGACUGGGAAAACCAUCAUAGAGUAUGUGGCCCCUCGGCUACACGCGAGUCACUAAUGACCGCAAAGUCAACAGAAAAUUCCCCUCAUGCCACAACAACUACGUCCGUGACGACAAGCUCAGGCCAACAGGGGGCAGCACGCUCAAGCCCAGUCAUGGUCUCUAGUCCCACAACCUCCACAGCCACAAGACCUGACUCCAGGUCCGCCUCUCAGUCGGGGUCACGGCCAAAUUCUCCACCCUCAGAGUCAAAAUCAUCAGAACAUGAUCGUUGAUUAUAUAAUCAGGGUUGUUUUUAGUCAGGUGAUUAGUAUAUAGGGAGACACCUAGUGUCCAUAUAGGGUACUAAUAACAUCAAAGUGGCGGAAUAUUCAAGCGUGUAAAAUGUUUUGCAUUUAAACAGCUCUAUAGCGCACUGACAGCUGUUAUAGAGUCAGUUUGGCCCUGACUCCACAGUUUAUUCAAUGGGUAACAA